AAGCGGCUCGCUUACCACUUCGAUGUAGUAGUAGUGCUAAGUGACAACGUAGUGCAUCGCUCCCGACGUCAGGUCACGAUGCCAAAGAUCUUCCUUAUCAAGAAUCGACUGCAUCAGCAGCAGUUGCGGCUCCUAGAAUCGCAACAUCCCAGCAAGAGUCCACCUCCCGGUAGUGGCAAAGAUAGCCCGCUUGGCACCUCGGAACCGUUGAGUCUCAUCGUCAACAAGGAUCAAUAUCGAGACAAAACUGAUGAUGAUCGUGCAACAUCUCCGGAAUCCUUUCGCAGCAGCAGUCCGGCACCAUCACCAUCACCCCCACACCCGGUGACAAGUAAUGCUACCAGCCCGCCUCCAAGACGGUUUAUCUCCAGCAUCCUCGGCGGUGACGUGCCGUAUGGUAGUAGACGUCAUGUGCUCACCAGGGCGGAGCGGAAAGAAUACAGUAGCCCACCGAUAGCCUCGGAUGAUCCACCACAGUUCCUGUCCAAGUCAGAGAAGGUUGCAUUGCCCAGGCCGCAAACACCACCGAAAGCACCCCGUGUUGAACCACCAACAAGGGUUUCCGUUAUCCAGAGGGUGCCAUCCCAAGGUACUUCUAGGAAAGAAGAAAAUAAGAUCGAGAUUGAAAGAAUUGAUCCAAUACAAGCUCCAGAACCAGAACAGGAGCAGCCCAUAGAUUAUGCAGUGCCGAAGCGAAAGGAGGAAGAUGAAGAGAAGUGUCGUGAUGGUGCGAUGGCAGCACGCAGCUCCAGCACCUCGAUUGCAAGGUCUUUGCUGGCUGUCAAACUGUCUGGGUCCCAGGUGGUACAAGCGGCUGCAGGCCAUGGCAGAUCGUCGAAUUCAGGUGGUUCUUCCGGCGGCGGUGGUGGUGGCGGUGCCAACAAUUCCUCACCCUCGUCGAACGGCGGCGGCAGCGGCAGCGGUGGUGCUAUGAUCGGUGGAGGAUGCGGAAACGGGACGAUUCUCGGUAGCGGAGGCAGUGGCGGUGGUGGUGCUUUAGGCGGGGGUGCGGGUGCAGGCGGCAUGCCCCCCGGAGGAAAUGGAGGUCGUGGCAACUACGGACCGAGUUCGCCGCCGACGGGCUCUCUGCCACCGUUCUACGAAUCCUUGAAGGGCGGCAAUAAUCUCGCGAACUUCGCCAAUCAGUAUAACAGUUCUCAAGGAAAUGCGUAUCUCACACCAUUGACGGCCGUUGGGAUUGAAUGCGAUACCGGUCAACAGGACAACUCACAGCACGCGCAGUAUAAUGCACAGGAGGGCAAGCAGUACUCUCUUCUUCAGAAUGUUUGCGCAAAUGUUUGCGCCUCCUACGGUUUGACGUUUAAGGAAGAGGAGGAAGAACUAGCGGGCUAUAAAAUUCAGCCGAACGACCUGCUUCCUUCCCAAUAUGGCACCUACGAUGUCACCGAUACUGGAAUGAUGGUGGAUAUGGUGACUGGUACCAUGGUAGUGGAUCCAUUGCAGUUCACUGCAGCGACCUUGACCUUCAACUCGCCGUCUGAUCACACGGCACUUCUCGAAACUCUCAGCGACGCGGCGGACCUUCUGUUGCCCAGGCUGCAAACCGAAGAUGGUGGCAGCGAUCUCUUGGAAGAAUCACUACACUCGCCCGCAUCGACUGGCAGCAGUGGAAUCGGUCAGGACGCCGGUCAGAUGACCACUCCCGUUGAGCCUAGCGUCGAUCCUUUCCCCGAGCAUAGCAUGGCCUUGACUAGAGGCUUUGACACGAGACACUAUACAACUCCGCAACAUUUUAACGCAUCCAAGUUGGCGGGAUUGAGCUACGCAGCCGGCGAGACGAGUUAUCAGUCGCUUCAAAAGGAACGUCCAGAGCUUGCGUUACAUGUCAAUCAGAAUCAUCAACAUCAGCAAGAUCAGCAGUUACAAAUUCAGGUGCAGUUACAUCAGCAGAAGCAGCAAGCUAGCUCACCGCACCAGCAGCAACAGCAACAGCAGCAACAGCAACAGCAGCAGCAACAGCAUCAAAGUCUUCUGAGUCCCGGAUUGAAUUUCAAUAACGGACUAAGGAUUAAUACCGCGCUAACGGUUCGGUUACUUAAUCUCGAAGGUUUAGAGAUAGACUCCGGUAGCAGCGUAGGCGGAAGCUUACCCAGCCCUGGCACUGCGAGCUGUUCCUUGGAUGGAGCCUCAUCUGGUACCUCACCGUCAUGCGGACUGGGAGAACACGCGCACAGUCCACGCAUAGCAGUUGUAUCACCCACCACCGUCGCAACUCAAGCUGCUGGAUCGGUAGGCGAACCGCCGCUCUCGCAACGGGUCGGUGUACUUCAACAAAGGCUGGGUUUACCGAGCGAUUGUCAGCUAGAAUUUGUUAAUGGUGGUCAUGGCAUAAAGAAUCCUUUAGCCAUCGAGGGUCAGAGGCAGGCCGCAGCUACUCGGGAUGAAGAAAGAGCUAAUCGCACUCCGCCUGGCAAGGACGAUGAUCCCAAUCGCUUUACCUGCCGCGUGUGCAGCAAGAACUUCAGUCUUCAGCGACUUCUUAAUCGUCACAUGAAGUGUCAUAGUGACGUGAAGCGUUAUUUGUGUACGUUCUGCGGGAAGGGCUUCAACGAUACAUUUGACCUUAAGAGGCAUACGCGGACGCAUACAGGUGUGCGACCUUACAAGUGCUUUCUUUGCGAGAAGAGUUUCACGCAACGCUGCUCGCUGGAGAGUCACGGUCAGAAGGUGCAUGGCGUUCAACAUCAGUAUGCAUAUAAAGAGCGUCGCGCUAAGAUGUAUGUCUGUGAGGAAUGUGGACACACGACGCACGAGCCGGAGGUGCAUUAUCUUCACUUGAAGGAGCAGCAUCCUUAUAGUCCGGCGUUAUUGAAGUUUUACGACAAGCGGCACUUCAAGUUCACCAAUAGUAACUUCGCCAAUAUGUUGCUCCAGGGUGGCCUGUUACAACGGGACUCACGGAAUACGGACAGCUGUGGCCUUGCGGAGCGACGAGAAACGGUCUCGAAGAGCAGCGAUGCAGCACAUCAACAGACCAGCUUCUAAAUCCGUUGAGAACGAAAAUCCGGGAGAGGAAAGGAGAUA